GAGAGAAAGUGCAUGCAGAUCUCAGUCAUUCAUCUCUCGGAGAGAAGAGAGGAAACUACAGCAGAAGAGGAAAAGAAGCUAUUUCUGAGCAGAGAAAAAAAGGAAGAUUUUUUUAAGACUUCUGACUUUAAACAGCCUGCUGCUUUCAUUUUUAUCGACAUUUGUUUUUAAAACCUAAAUCACUGUGCUGCUGCUGCUGCUGCAAGUAUUUCACUCUUAGAGUCUGCGUGGAGACACUUCCACUUCCCUCUCCUGCAUCCGAGGACGCUUUUCUCUCUCUCGAAGCUGAGCAGCUAGAAAAAAAGAAAAAAGAAAAAGAAAAAAAAAAGGUUCUUGUUUUAUUUUUUGUUCAUUUUUUUUUCUCAGGAUCACUAUAUCAGAAGCCUCUGUUGUGACUUGGACAGAGAGAGUGGAGCUCUUCUAUUCGACUUUUGGGCUUUUUUGCGAGGUGGAGGAGGAGGAGGAGGAGGUGGAGGAGGUGACAAGGAUCAGAGAGCCCCUGGAAGAUCUCCGGGAAGAGGAGGAGGAGGAGGAGAAGGAGGAGGAGGACGAAGAGGAGGAGGAGGAGGAGGAGGAGGGCGAGUCAAGCUGAGAAAGAGCAUCCCUCCCAGCCUCACGGACGCACACCCUCAAGACAACCACAAUUCAGUCUAUAUUACAAACUAACAACACACAGCAGUACCAAGACAAGACUCAUAAAAGUACAUAAAGGUGAAGAUAAAUUCACCACCGGGUCCAAAGACGUACAGUUAGUCAUUUAAGGAGCAUUGUAGGACUAUAAAAGCACACACACACACAUAGACACACAGACACGCACACACACUGAGAGUCGGGACGCCCCAGCACAGCACCGCAGAAUGGAUCUCCCACCAAUCAGAGGUUUAUCUGAUGUGCCGUGAGCGGUGGGAGCACCUUGCACCCUGGUGCCACCCAGCCGGCUCACCAGGAUGGACCCUACUCAUUCCCUGAGGACGGAGCUGGACUCUGUGCUGUCGCUCGACCAGAUUCGUGCCAUCCGGGCCAACAAUGACUAUGUGGACAGGCCCGUGGCGCUGGUACCGGCAACCCAGUCCGGAUUUUUUUACGCCCACGAUGACCGUUACCCCCAUGGAGUAUACACCCAACACCCCCAGCCUUCUUUCCCCUCUGCUCUGUCCCGCAGCCAAAGUCAGCAGCAGCACGCUCACCUUUCCCACCUGAGCCGUUCCAGUACUAUAAGCUCUUCCAUGUCUCGGACCAGUGCCGCCUCAGACCAGAGGCUAUUAGCAGGUCUGACACCGUCCCACUCUGGUCUUAGUUCGGUGGUUCAUUCUCAGCCUAAAGGGGAACUCAAGCCUGAUGCUUCCUUGGGUAAACGUCUGGCGGGCGAGGCUGACCUUGGGCUUCACCAGUUCAUCUGUGAACGGUGCGGUCUCUGUAAAUGCCGAGAGUGCUGCGCCCCACGCCGCCUGCCGUCCUGCUGGGCCUGUGGACAGCGCUGCCUGUGCUCUGCCGAGAGUGCCGUGGAGUACGGCACGUGCUUGUGCUGCGUUAAAGGCUUAUUCUAUCACUGCUCUGCCCAGGACGACGAGGAUAACUGUGCCGACCGGCCGUGCUCUUGCGCUCCCGCCCACGCCUGUGCCCGCUGGAGCACGAUGGGCUUGCUGGCGCUCUGUCUACCCUGCCUCUGCUGCUACCCCCCUGCCAGGCUGUGCCUUGCCCUGUGCCAGUGUGCCCACGACAGGGCCACGCGGCCCGGCUGCAGGUGCAGCAACACCAACACUGUGUGCCGCAAGAUCUCCGCCUCCAACCCUAACGCUCAUCCUUCGCUCCGUAGCAAAGCUCUGGAGAAGCCGUUAUGACAGGCUUAGAUGGGGCCAGGUAAAUGAUUUCCCCCUCAGCCGUGGCCAAAGCAACGCUGUCGCCAGUUACCAGUGCCACAGCUGACAAGUGACGACAGUGCCAUUGUGACCCACCUACCUACAUAUGACAAGCCAACCAACCAACCGUGAAGUGUUGUUCACCUUAUGUACCUUGAAUUUACUUCUUCUCCAGCUCAGGAGGGACCAAAGCUUUACUGUGCCUGUUCAUGUUGGAGACUUAAUGCCUAAAAACACGAAUUCAUCUUGAAGAAGAAGAAGAAGCUGUCGUGCUUUGCUGGACUGCCCUUCAACCUUAACUAAGAGUCCCAGAUAGAAAUCACCUCUCUCUGCAUUCUGUGGUGUAAUCUGGCCUUGUUAAAAUCUAUUUAUUUAUUGUGAAACCUCCUUCCUCCCCGCCCUUUGCAUAGAGUUCGCACAGAGAGGGGCGAUGGACCAAAUCAGGAAGGAAAGACGCCUGCGGCAAUGUGUAUGGUCUUUGCCAACAGCUUCUGUCCUCUAGAAAGAGAGAAUCAGAACUGUGAGAGGCUGCGGUUACAACUACCACGUUCAGAACACAAAAUGUUCGAGAUGAGCAAAUGAAGACACCAUUGUCGCUCCGAGGUGAACACCUUACUGGGACUGCGAACCACCGAGGCAUAAAAGUGAGAACAAAAAACACCUGUAACAAGAGUUUGACACCAAAAAGGGACCAUGUACUGUACAAACUGAGGGAUUUUCAAUGCUAUUAAGCUCAUUUGUAAAGGAAAAGCACUGUGAGGUAAACGGACAAUGUUUUCCCCAACCAGCCAAGAGCUGAACGGGGGAUUAUUUAACCAGAGGGAGGAUGCAUCCAUUGUGACUAGGCAGCCUGUGUGUGUCUCCGUGUGUGUCCUCCUACUGUCCAACAAUCUGUGUAUGUAGAGCCUGUGUGUAUGUUGUUUUGUCAGCAGAAGAAGCCUCCUUUUGUCUUAUUUUUAGCCGUGCUGCUUCAGUGGAGCUCUGAGGGUCUGGUCGGGUUUCCUCUCGAAGUCAGUCUGUCGCCAACCUUCCUCCUCUGACUGACCUCCUUCGCAGCCCCCACCUCCAUCCUCCAUCCUCCUCCUCCUCCCACACUCAGAAGCUCUUCUCUGAACCCAGUCCCUUCAUUUAGUGCAAGGAAGGGCUUGCGGAGGUCCUGUUGCCAGGGGAUUUUUCAGUCAUCCAGUGCAAGACAAACUGAAAAAAAAAAAAAAAUGGACCGAAUUGAAAUAAAACAACGCAACCAGUGAAAGCAGCUGACACCAGGCGUAUUAUUCCUACAUCCUAUAUAUCCCUGCUGCCUCGUCCGUCUCUCCUCUUAAGCUCAGACGGCUGAAAGCUUCCAAUUCCAGGUCCAUGGAGAGUUGAUCAAACAGGCAAUUAGCUUCGUGAUAGCUCUUAAUGGGCCAGAGAAGAUUCUGAGCGUGGGAGGGAGGGGAAGUACAGGAUGAGUGGAGUUCUGCCGUUUGGCAGAUGGAUGGUGUGACCGGAGCAAAGAGUACGUUGAAGUUGCCGUGAGUCCGGAUAGAUUUCAUGCAUGUCCUUAACAAGAAAACAAACAUACAAACAAAAAAAAAAAGCAGUGUGGCUUUUUUGUUAUCCAGCACUUCUGGUUUUUGUGUGAAACAAAAAUGCAACAACAAUGCAUGACUAUUUUUUAGGAGGUGAGGAUCUAAAGCUGAUAAAAAUCAACACACACACAAUGUCAGGUGUGUGUGUGUGUGUGUGUGUGUGUGCGUGUGUGUGCAUGUACAUGUUUUUAAGCGCGCGUGCUCAUGUUUGAAUGCAUAUAGACUUUCCUGUAUGUGCGCGUGUGUCGGGACGUCGCCUAAACACAGACACACACACACGCUGACCUGAUAGGUUAAAUGUUACUUUGCUAUAUUUUUAUAUGUAAAUACGGGCUGUUAACGGUAUAACUAUUUUUAUUCCGCUUUAUUUUGUUUCUAUGAAAACUGAUGUUUAUUAUUACAGUUGUUUUCCACUAUAGUGAACAUUUUACCUAUUUAUUGUCCAUUUGUGAUCAAUUCAGGAACUUUUCGGGGCAAUUUUCGAGCUACGAUUCACUCUUAUGUCCGUUAAUGUGUUAGUGUCAAAUUUUCAUGAGAUGCAGCAAAAUUUAAGCUCUGGAGAUAAUUGGCUGUCUGCUGGGAUCAUUUCCUGUUCUAGGCUUCGUCUGCCAAUUCUUUUCAGACAAGCAGUUGCAGGAUGACAGUAUAAAAUAUAAGUGCAGCUUGUGUUAAAAAAAAAAAAAAAAUCUGUUGCUCUUCAAAAUGAAAAAUGAACAUCUGAAACACUCUGGUUGAACUAAUGUCCUAAACCUUUCUGCAGCUUUCUGAAGUGGACAGUGCAAAAAUCCUACAGUCUAGUCUAGUUUUCCUCAGCCUUCCUUCAUAAACACAGUUCCUUAUGAGUGAAAACUAUUAAGAUCAAGACUACAAUGAGUUACAAAAAGAGAGCACUGAGUUAAAUCAGAGUCAACUCCACUGAGCUCGGACGACGUUGGCUUUGUAGGUACCAGAUCGGCUCACAGCUUACUUUAUGAAUUUUUGCAGUGUAUGUUAGUAUGUUUGGCUACCUUCGGCCACAUUCAGCUCGGGCUGCGAGAUCAGCUUGUGGUUUAAUUUUUUUUUUCCUGGUAUGUUUGGAAGAGGUCGAUUUUUAGUUUUCAUUUUCCACAAAAGACAAAAAAUACGAUGACAGCACAUUAUUCAUAAACAAAGUAAUAAAAUGACAAAAUAAGUUCAAUCCAUGCACUCGUAUAGUGGGCAUGAAAAUAUUUCAUACGUUUCAUCUUCAAAGAUAUGAAAUAAUAAUGCAGCUUUUAUCAAUUUAUCCAAAGAAUACAAUGACUAAACAAAACUGCUAAACUGCUCUGCUUCGACAGCAACCGCUAAUACCGCUAACCUCUCUUCCACUUUUGCUUCUUCCUGUUGUCCAAUCAACUAUAAAAUCACCAUCCCUAAUGGCUAUGUGACGUCAUCUGGAAGCACUGGAUGCUCCCAGAGUAGAUCUGGUACCUACACCGUGACUUGUAACGUAACGCCCAACCAAAUGAUCCGACUGGCCCAGCGGAUCAUUACCAGAGCAUAAUCAGCUCAUCAGUUUAUGAUGAAUUAAAGCUAAGCUCAAACAUCAAAGAAAUCUAACUAAAGUUGUCUAAAAAUUCUCUUAAAUUUCCUCCGAGUGAUAAAACUUUGUAUGUUUCACCCCUUUGUGUUUUGAGGCUGUGCGAAUGUUGCCCGAAAUGUUUCUGUGCUCAUAACUGGUUCCACUUUGAUAGAUGAUUUGGCACUAAUUUUAAAUAUGAUGCUUCAUCCCCCUUUUAAUUUCUUUCUUUUUUUUUUUUUUUUAAAUGUUGCAACUUUUUCCACCACUGUUACCAAUGAAGAUAUUAUUACUAUUAGGAGUAUUUGCAACCAAAAACACAAUUUGUGUUAGUGACACCUUUUAAUUAGUAAAUCGCCUGUAGUUCAUGUUCACGUCAAUGCUGCCAAAUCUGAAAUACUCUGAGAGCGUUUUCAGCCAUGCUUCAAAAAAGAAAAAAAAAUGCAGAUAAAUCCUUGUCAAGGGAGCUGGUUUAGAUACUUUGCUGGCACCAUCUAUCCUGCAUGCGGCUCUGGGAAUGAAAUGACAACGCUUCAAAUGCAGCAGAGAAGACCCUUGACACUGCAGACGCUUCUGAUUAACCAUCGUCUGCCUGACUGAAAACAAAAAGUGCGGGCAGAAAAGGGUCCCAAAGUGUUGUCAGCUUUGACUGCAUUAGUGUGGACAUGGCUACAGACGGUUCCUUACAGACACACACACUGUCUCCUCUACACUGGCUGAGCGACCUCAGCCAGAUAUCGGUGCUCGUGGAGACGACUCGAGGAACAUUUAUUUCCGUCUGGAUUGUUUUCUACGUGAGCUGGACGAGGUUACGGAGCAAACUGUUGCAUAUUUUUUAAUUAAUUACGUUUCGUCCUCUCUCAGAGAAGCUUUAAAGUAUUUAUAGUGAUGGCUGUUCAAUCUUAACACCUUCAGUAUGCAGUGUUUUAUAUGUACAGCAGAUACACACAGGGAGGCGUUGAGGAGUGCACUGUGGGGGAAUAAAUCAAAUCACGUUCCGGCGAUUCUCAUGUUUAAAUUGUUAUUUUGUCAGUUUAUGGUUUUCCUCUUCUUUUUACUUCUUUGCUGACAAAAUGAGUUCCUUUAUUUAAAAAAAAAAAAAUGUUCAGAAGAGCUGAUAAGAGAACUAGUUAGCUAGAUAAUGGCGGCAAAAGCACCAUGUGCGAUUACAAGACCAAUGAAUGUUUAAGAUAUAUAUUUUUAGACAUUUUCCAGUUAUUUUAGAGGAAUCAAGGUCUUAAGGUCUUAAAAUCUGUGCACCGUCCUCCAUUCUGCUGUCAAUGCUGUGCGUAUCUGUAUGUACAAGUGAACCAGUAUUCAUAUAAAUCCAACAUUCCUCCCUCAGGACCCGAGCUCAUGUCAGGAACCUGUCUUACGCUGUACGUACGUAGGCUGCCAUUAUAACCAUUACACUUCUCCUCCUGUGUCUUAGCAAGCAUCGCUUUUGGUACAAAUUUGGCAUCCGGUGUGUUGUAAAACAAUUUAAGGAGAGUAUAAGGAACAAAUAUAUAUAGAAAUCUAUCUAAAAUGAAUAUAUUAUAUAUGGAACAAUAUGCAUUUCACACUCUGUUUCAUUGCCAUUAUUGCUUCAUGGGUAUUUAUUUGAAUGGUUGCAACAAUAGCAGUGACAGUAAUCACAUGGACGGUGUUCAUGAGAAGUAUUUAUUUUAGAGAGCGGUGGGCGGAGAGGAAGAGCAUCCCAUGUUGUUGUCGUUUGUCUUUUUGAUUUCGUUCGUUUAUUCCUCUCUGGGUGUGGUGUGGCUGCUGCUACCCUCCUGGCUAAAGAUGAACCAAUAAAAAGGAGCUUCCAAAAAGA